AUGUCGUACACUAUUGAAAGCGCUUUGCCCGCAGACGCAGCAGCCAUCGCCCGCGUGGCCACGGCCGAAGAGCCGACGCCCUUCCGCCGUCUAAUGAACGGCACUGCGGGCGACAAUGACAACAUGUUGCAGGAGGAGACCGCCAUGUGGGCCAAGGUCAUCGACCAUCCGGCCCACCUCGUGCUCGUGGCCCGGGAGCAGGACACGGGGCUGGUGGUUAGCUAUGCGCAGUGGCGGCGGCCCGGAGGCGAGGAGCCUCUGCACCCGAGCCCGGACCUGGCGACCGAGGAGGAGAAAGCCAAACUCAGGGAUCGACGCCUCGCCUCCCUCCCCGCCGGCAUGAACGGGCCCCUGGUUCUUGCUUUCUCAGAGCAAGUCGCCGCGCUAGGACGACAGGGCUUUCAGGGCCGCCGGCGCUGGUACCUGAACGCGCUCGGCACACUAGUCACGCACCGGGGCCGGGGGCUGGCCACGCAGCUGGUGCGCUGGCCUUUCGCCGAGGCAGACCGCGAGGGCAUCAUCGUGGGCCUGUUUACGGACGGCGAGGGCCGGGCCCGUGCCCUGUAUCAGAGGCUGGGCUUCCGGGAGACGGCGCGGUUCGUGCUGGAGCUAGGAGCGUUUGGCGGCGGUGCGGAGGAUAGGCAUGUGGAGCUCGCGAUGGUCAGGGAGCCAGGGGCUUCAGAGGAGGGCCGGGACGGUGGUUGA